AUGUUUCAAAGAGACGCCCUUACAGGUUUGCAAAGCAAUAAAACUGUACGGAUUUCUGAUUCAUCUAAUAGUGGAGCUAGUAUCAAGGCACAUAUUAUCAAUAAGAGUAAUAUAUCCAACACCCUAAUAAAAAAAGCAGAAAAAGAUGACCUAUAUACUUUAAUUAAGUAUAAUUGUAAAGAAUCAGAAGUAAUCGAAUGUGGAUCAAAAAGAAUUUUAGCCAUGAA